CAGCCACACACUUGCAGGUGCCUAAUCAACGGUUGGUUUUAAGAAGAAAUUGAAUAAUGCCUGUUACUGAGGGAGGCGAUCAAUACUCCGUUUGGGUUGGAUUAAUUUACAUAUUUAACUUAAUAGUUGGUACUGGGGCCCUGACUAUUCCAGCUGCAUUUGCCAGAGCAGGAUGGGGCCUAAGCACAAUAUCUCUUGUAUUCCUGGCAUUUAUGAGUUUUAUGAAUGCAACAUAUGUCAUAGAAACAAUGGCUUGUGCCAAUGCUGUAUUUAAAUGGAAAAGAUUGCAAUUUUUAAAGAGGCAUAGUAUCCAAGAUAAUGAAAAAUCAGAACAAACUACCUCAAAUCCUCCUGCGUAUGCAGACCUUGAAGAUCCCGUAGUUUGUGGAGACUCUGUACCUUCAUGUUAUUACAGUCUUGAUAAGAGAAUGGAACUAGGAGAAAUGGCUGAUCUCUUCUUAAGUAAAAUUGCACGGAAAAUGUUUUAUUGCACACUAUGUGUUUAUCUGUAUGGGGAUUUGUCAAUAUAUUCUGCUGCUGUUUCCAAAUCUUUGACGGAUGUUGUGUGUUCAAAAGUUCCAUCAAUGACAAAUAUAACAGAUUGGGACAAUAUACCCUGCUUUCAUGCCUCUGAAGGAGCCUUCACUCGUAUUGAUUGUUACCGAAUGGCUCUUUUGACAUUCUUCGCAGCAAUGGGUCCUUUUGUCUUCUUUAAUGUACAGAAGACAAAAUACCUACAGCUGUUUACUUCUGGAAUGCGGUGGCUUGCAUUCGUCAUAAUGAUGUCAAUGGCGAUACAUCUUCUGAUCAAACACGGACCUCAAGGGAGGCCGCCAGCCUUCGACUUCACGGGCAUGCCCACUUUGUUCGCGGCCUGCGCCUAUUCAUUCAUGUGCCACCAUUCCCUGCCUGGCUUAAUCAGUCCUAUACGAGGCAAAAGUCACCUCGGGCUCCACCUCUCGCUUGAUUACAUGCUCAUAAGCAUCUUCUAUCUCCUUCUGGCGUUCACGGGCGCGUUCGCGUUCGCAAACCUCAACGAUCUUUACACAUUAAACUUCGUGCCCACAGAUAAUGAGAAUAUUUUUCUAGAAAUUGUCGAAUACUUUCUCGCUCUAUUUCCUGUGUUCACUCUCUCUACAAGUUUUCCGAUUAUUGCUAUUACAUUGAGGAAUAAUUUGCAAAGUUUAUUUUUGGAUACGAGUCGUUUGGAGUCGUAUAAUUUUGCUUUACGGAAGCUGAUAUUUCCAAUUGUAGCUGUCGUUCCUCCGCUAUUACUGACAUACUUCUUGGAGGAUAUAAGCUUUCUUAUUGAGUUUACAGGGUUCUAUGCCGGGGCGUGGGUACAGUAUUUGAUACCUACGUUUCUUGUGGUAUCUGCUAGACGACAUUGCGCUAAUUUGUUAGGUUUAGGUGUGGUUAAUAAAUACAAAAGCCCAUUUUCAAAUGUAUCGUGGGCUGUGUUUGUCCUACUUUGGUUUUUUAUAUGUAUAAUACUUGUAGCUUUAAAUACAAUCCAGAAACCUUCAGAUCGUAAAAUACCAUAUUUACCUUAAACCCACGAACGUCCCCACAUUUAACCAUUAAAUUAUCUCUUAUAAUACGUGGGUAACACUGAAAAUGUUUAGAACUCGCCAGUUAGAAACAUUGCUAAUGAAAAUUCUUUUGAAUUUCAAUUUUAGAACUCUUUGGUAACCUAUUGUAGUAUAUUGCAAUUAUUUGUCAUUUGUUUUUGUGAAUUGGCGAUAAUGAACGUAACGCGAGGAAAUUUUCGGUCAAUUAUUUAUUAUGACUUUCGUUGUGGGUUUACUCAACAACAAACCCAUAAUAGGCUGCGAUUAGCUUUUCUUAAUGAAGCCCCAUCUCCUGCCACUGUUUAAAAUUGUAAAUAGUGGUAUAACGAGUUUAAGCGUGGACGAUGAUGAACCGCCUGAGGGAUGUCCUUUAACAGCGACUAAUGAAGAUAACAUCAGUGCUGUGCGACGCAUGAUAGAGAAAGAUAAGAGAGUGACCAGUCAGCAGAUACGGGUAGCCUAGGCAUGAGUUCAAGUUCAAAAAUAUUACUCAAACGUUAAGGCGUCGGGAAGCUUCGUACCAGAUGGAUUCCCCAUACUUUAUCCGACGACCAGAAACACCUUCGCAUGGACUGGUGUCGUCAAAUGUUAGAUAAGUUCAACGGAGAUGACUCAAAUGCUGUAUUUGACAUCGUCACAGGUUAUGAAAGCUACUAUUGCUACGAACCCGAAACCACAAGACAAUCAGCUUAGUAGGUGUUUCCUUUCGAGGAUCGGCCAACUAAGGUAAAGAAAGGAAGAAGACAAGGAAAAAAGAUAAUUGCCUCAUUCUUUGGUCGAGAUAAUGAGUCAUCUGCCAUACAUUCCUGACCUGGUUCCCUGCGACUUUCAUUUAUUCCCAAAAACUGAAUAUUAAAUUACGAGCCCUAAAGAUACGAUGAAUCAUGAAAGCGCACGAAAAUGACAUAGAAGACUGCUUUUCUCAGUGGUUCCAUCGAAUGCGACGAUGUGUAGAGAGGAACGGAGAUUACUUCGAAAAACAAUAAAAGU